CAGCGAUGCCUGCAUAUGUGGCGGGCGGCUGCAAGCAGUCGCCAUCUUCGCUCGCAUUGGCAUCGGCCACGUCCUUAAUUAACAGGAGUGUGUGUCUUGUUUAGAUUGUUGAUGCAAUCAUCGCAAUAAUUUUGCUCCGAUAUUGAACAUAAGGGAUAACCGCAAGAUAGUAACAAGAUGCCUCUAAGGUUAGACAUUAAGCGGAAGUUAACUGCCAGAUCAGAUAGAGUAAAGAGCGUGGAUCUUCAUCCAACUGAGCCAUGGAUGCUAUGCUCUUUAUAUCAAGGCAAUGUCAAUAUUUGGAAUCAUGAGACACAAACCUUGGUGAAAACAUUCGAGGUGUGUGAUCUACCAGUGAGAGCAGCAAAAUUCGUGCCUCGCAAGAAUUGGGUAAUCACCGGCUCUGAUGACAUGCAAAUCAGAGUAUUUAAUUAUAACACUCUGGAACGUGUUCAUACAUUUGAGGCACACAGUGAUUAUGUCAGAUGUAUAGCUGUGCAUCCGACACAACCGUUUAUUCUUACCAGCAGUGACGACAUGUGGAUCAAAUUAUGGAACUGGGAAAAGUCCUGGAUCUGCCAACAAGUAUUUGAAGGUCAUACACACUACGUCAUGCAAAUUGUAUUCAAUCCAAAGGAUAACAACACUUUUGCUAGUGCGUCUCUGGACAGAACGGUCAAAGUAUGGCAGCUCGGCUCGCCUACGGCUAAUUUCACAUUAGAAGGUCACGAGAAAGGCGUGAAUUGUGUGGAUUACUAUCACGGUGGCGACAAACCAUACUUGAUAUCAGGAGCUGACGACAAGUGCGUCAAGAUAUGGGAUUACCAGAACAAGACCUGCGUUCAGACGCUGGAAGGGCAUACCCAGAAUAUCUCCGCGGUGUGUUUCCACCCGGAACUGCCGAUCGUCCUUACCGGCUCGGAAGAUGGCACCGUCAGGAUAUGGCAUGCUGGAACAUACCGACUGGAGUCAUCUCUCAACUAUGGCUUCGAGCGAGUGUGGACCAUCGCGUGCAUGCGAGGCUCCAACAACGUCGCCAUCGGCUACGACGAGGGUAGCGUCAUGGUUAAAGUCGGCAGAGAAGAACCGGCCGUGUCGAUGGACUCGUUGGGCGGCAAGAUCGUAUGGGCGAGGCAUAGCGAAAUUCAGCAAGUGAAUCUGAAGGCGUUGGGCGAAGAGGCACAGGACGGGGAACGCCUGCCGUUGGCGGUCAAGGACAUGGGCGCCUGUGAGAUAUAUCCGCAAACUAUACAGCACAAUCCGAACGGCAGAUUUUUGGUGGUCUGCGGUGAUGGUGAAUACAUCAUCUACACGUCCAUGGCGUUGAGGAAUAAGGCGUUCGGGCAAGCAUCGGAAUUCGUGUGGGCGGCGGAUUCAAGUCAGUACGCGGUAAGGGAAAGCAACACCACGGUCAAGGUCUUCAAGAACUUCAAGGAGAAAAAGAGCUUCAAGCCAGACUUUGGAGCAGACGGCAUCUUCGGUGGAUUUUUACUCGGCGUAUCAUCCGGAUCUGGCCUCUCCUUCUUCGACUGGGAUACGCUGAAGUUGAUUCGUCGCAUAGACAUACAACCUACGCAUGUGUAUUGGGCUGAGAACGCCUCUUUAGUAGCGCUCGCUACGUCGGAUCAGUAUUUUAUAUUAAAAUAUCAUGCGGACGCUGUUGCGAACGCAGAGGAAAACGCCGAGGAUAUCGAGAAUGCAUUUGAAAUGGUGGCAGAAAUGAGCGAGGUGGUGAAAACCGGCUUAUGGGUUGGCGACUGCUUCAUCUACACUAACAGCGUCAAUCGUGUGAAUUAUUUUGUCGGCGGCGAAGUAGUCACGGUCUCGCAUCUGGACAGACCGAUGUAUCUGUUGGGAUAUGUACCAAGAGAUAACAGAUUAUACCUAUGCGACAAGGAGCUGUCCGUCGUCUCGUAUUCUUUAUUAUUAUCAGUACUAGAGUAUCAAACUGCGGUCAUGCGAAAGGACUUUGAAACCGCCGACAGAGUGUUGCCAACCGUUCCCAAAGAGCACCGAACGAGAGUGGCUCACUUCUUGGAGAAACAGGGUUUCAAAGAGCAAGCGUUAGCGGUGUCGACGGAUCCCGAGCACAGAUUCGAGUUGGCGCUCGCACUGGGAAAUCUGGUGACCGCGCAUGCACUCGCGAAGGAAGCGAACAGCCAGCAAAAGUGGCGGCAGCUGGCUUCCCUUGCCACGCAGAAGGGCAAGCUCUUCUUGGCGAAAGAAUGUUUGUAUCAAGCGCAAGAUUUCGGCGGCUUGUUGCUGUCAGCCACCAGCACGGGGAACGCCAAUAUGAUCCAGAAACUCGGCACGAUCGCGGAUGAAACGGGAAAGAACAAUAUCUCCUUCCUGGCGAACUUCAUACUGGGCGACGUGGACAAAUGUCUGGACAUUUUGAUCAAGACAAACCGAAUUCCCGAGGCUGCGUUCUUCGCCAGGACGUACGCCCCCAGCCAAAUUUCCUCCAUCGUCAAACUGUGGAAGGAGAAGCUAUCGGCGGUGAGCGAAAAGGCCGGACAGAGUUUGGCGGAUCCCGAGCAGUAUGAGAAUCUGUUCCCCGGCUACAGAGAAACUCUGAAAGUAGAGCAGUUCUUGCGCGAAGAGAGCAAGAAAAAGAUUCCAGCCUCCGCGUUUCCCACUGUCACGUCUAAUAUCGACCGGAAGCCGCUGGAGGAGAUGUUGGCCGCUGAGCAAUCGGGCGCGUUUCAAUAUAACGACAGCUCGAUGGAACGCCCGAACAAUGCAUCAGACGGUGGAAUAUUGACUGACAGAUUGCAAGACCUCUUGAUAUCAGGAAAGGACAACGAUACAAUCGCCACAACCGCGAAGCUUGUGGCGACAUCUGUACCCGAAAAAGCGACGAAGCUCGCAAGUAGUUCCAGGCCUCUCACAGUGGACGACGACGACCUCGAUAUCGAUCUGGAGAUCGACGACACUAUUGAUACCACUGAUGUCAAUCUCGACGACGAUCUUCUGGAGGAGGAUUAACCGUCGAGACGGGAGAUAAGCGAUAAAGAUGUACGCAUCGUACGAGUAUCUGUCAUUCUCCUUCUGCCAGUCAUUCCCCGUAAGACGAAGCGAAGAAAUGAAGAACAGCGAGAGAGUCAGUUAGGAUUAAACGUCGAAGAAUCGCGAGGUUAUCUCUGUCUCCUUUACUGUGCGCAAGUGUGUUUGUAUCACUGCAAGAACUAACAAAGGUAGCACAGCGCGUAUUUGUCGAUUGGCAUCGGCGAUUAAAGAUUAAAUAUAUUGUUAAUAUAACAAAAAGUAUAACGUGUUCGUGGCGCACUAUGUCAAUCUUC